UGAUCUCUUUUCAGCCUGUUUCAGGGUCUCCCCUUUGCGGGCGCUUUUUCCUGGGUCAUCUGCGGUUCCUUUAAGACAGGCCCCGCCCCGCCCCGCCCUCCCGGGUCAGCCCCGGUGCGUGGGGCUUAGGCGGGGAGACUGCUGGGCUCAGUGCAGAGCCGGCCCGGGCACGAUGGCGAGCGCGGCUCUCAGGGUCGCCGUGCGACGGCUGAGCCAGCGAAGCUCAUCCAGGGCUCCGGUCCUCCUGCGGCAGAUGUUUGAGCCCAAGAGUUGCACCUACACCUACCUUCUGGGUGACCCGGAGUCUCGAGAGGCCCUUCUGAUCGACCCUGUUCUGGAGACGGCUCAACGGGAUGCUCAGCUGGUUAAGGAGUUGGGACUGAAGCUGCUCUACGCCGUGAAUACCCACUGCCAUGCUGAUCACAUCACCGGUUCAGGGGCUCUCCGGUCCCUGCUCCCCGGCUGCCAGUCGGUCAUUUCCCGCCUCAGUGGAGCCCAGGCUGACGUGCACAUUGAGGAAGGUGAUUCCAUCCGCUUCGGAAGCUUUGCCUUGGAGACUCGGGCCAGCCCUGGCCACACCCCAGGCUGUGUUACCUUUGUCUUGGAUGACCAGAGCAUGGCCUUCACUGGAGAUGCCCUACUGAUCCGAGGGUGUGGACGAACAGACUUCCAACAAGGUUGUGCUAGGACUUUGUACCACUCUGUGCAUGAAAAGAUCUUCACGCUUCCAGGCAACUGUCUCAUCUACCCGGCUCACGAUUACCACGGGCUCACAGUUUCUACUGUGGAGGAGGAACGGACUCUGAACCCACGGCUCACCCUCACCUGUGAGGAGUUUAUUAAGGUCAUGGACAACCUGAACUUGCCCAAGCCGCAGCAGAUAGACUUUGCUGUUCCAGCAAACAUGCGCUGUGGGGUUCAGAUGCCACCUUCCUGACUCAUCCCAGCCAGCUGCUCAUAAUCGUUGCACUAGGUGGGUGAGAGGAGGGGCUUCACCCCAGAGCCUCUCUUCUCUCCUACCCCUAUCUCACCGCUACUUGAGCUUCUUAAAUAAACUUUACUUUGUUUUUGCCAGGAA